UUUGCCUGUCGUAAGGUCGGUGUAUAUCGUCUUUGAAAAUGCCUGAGAGAAUAGGUGAUAUAGAGCUGGUGGAGACGGUUCACCCUAUGAACGGAACCCCAAUCUGUGACUCAGAAGACACUGCCAAAAUGUACUACCAGAAAUAUACACCGAGCAUGAUUUCAACAGCAGCUCAUCUGGACAAAGACUCAUUAAACUAUAGAACGAUGAGAUGUGUAUCACCGGACACUCAACUGACCAUUGUAGAGGACAAAUGCAUAAAACGGGAGAAGCCAGGCCGCUGUUCUCUGUGGAUGCCGUGGUUGAAGUUUUCGUCUUUUUUGUAUUUGAUUCUGCUUAUUUUGCUCAUUUUGUGGGCGUUACAUCAGCAUAAGGUGUACCAGGAGAGGGGGGCAGGUACCAUACCAUACCAGGUUCCUUCCCUUGCAUCUGCAUUGACUGGUGAUAGAGAGACUGGUACAUCAGAAAGAUCCAAAGCUUUACUUCAUCAGAGUCAGAACAUACCGACCCGAGAGCCAGAGAUAAUGAUAUGGGAGGAGCUUUCUUCUUCAUACAUAACCGGAACUGACAUAAAGUACAGUAAUACUAGUAGACGAUAUUACGUCAGUUCCGGCGGAUAUUACGAAGUACAGUGUCGUUUACAGUUUGACACAUAUUAUGAUAGUGUACCAGAUAAUGAUACCACGAUAUACUUUUCCAUGAUCAGAAGCACGGGGCCUGGUAGCAGUGUAAAUCUGAUGUCUGAAAAGGCAACAUUGAGACCCCGUACUCACCGGGGGAUUCAGCUAGGACCCACCGUGUUCUAUCUGGAGGCCGGAGAUUCGGUAUAUAUUUCUGUGUUGGGACACAAAUAUGUGUACCAUACAAAAGACAGCUAUUUCGCGAUGAGGAGAAUUGAAUGAAAAAUUCCAGAACUUUUGAAUUUAAUUUUGAAUAUGCAUGAUUUGUGAGGUGCGUAUUGCAUUUAAAUCCAUGUAAUACUAGUGUAUAGUCGUUCAGUGAGUACUAGUUAUUUGACAUAAAAAAUUUCUGAUUGCUGCAUAUUUGUACCGUACUUUAUGUAUGU